AUGCAUGCCGGGGAUCACAGCGGCGGUCGUAACGGCAGCGGCGGAUAUUAUCACAAGACAUGCUGCACGGGUCGAUCGACGGACGAGGGACACGGCGCCGCGGAGCUUUUGUGCUGCUGCUGCACAUGCACGGCGUCGGCGUCUCCGAGUCUGCUGACCAGCCUUGGCGUAUGCAUUUUCGUUCUGGCCUACACCCUCGUAGGGGCGUUCACCUUCAUGGCCGUCGAAGGCGGCCUGCAGUCGGACUCGUCGGCCGUAAUAUCCUCGAAGUCUGGACCGGAAGAAGCGGCUGUUCUGGGCGCGGAGAUCCGUUCACUCACGGUGGAAAAGCUGUGGAGCAUCACCGAGGACCUUAAUAUACUCUACAAGGACAACUGGACCCGUUUGGCUGCUCAGGAAAUCCUCGAUUUCCAAAAUACCCUCGUUCACACUCUCAGGAAACAGCUUUACCAGGCACUUCCUGCUACCACCGGGCAGCAUCCGACCCGCCAUCAUCGGUGGACCUUCAGCAGCAGCCUUCUCUACUCCUUGACGCUCAUCACGACCACCGGUGGAGUGGUCAAGUCGAGAGCGGAUCGCUCGAACCCACCUGAAGAAGAAGACGUAGAAGAAGGAAUGAUGUGA